AAAAUCAAACCUUUUUUCAUUUAUCUCUCUCACAAAACCCUAAACCCUCAAAUCUUCUUAUUACACUCUCUAGGGUUUUUCCAUUUCCACUUCCACCAAUUCAUCAUGAUUACAACAAUCCUCAGACGCGCUUCUUCAACCAUCUCACGGCGUACCAUCCCCGCCGCCGCCGAGAUUCUCUUCUCCACCACCGCCGCCACUGAGCUCCGUCACCUCACAGCAAGAUCCUUCCACUCUAAAUCACAACCCUUACUAUUCCGCGCUUCUUCUGCUUCUCGCGCUGGUUACGCCGCCGAAGCUUUUCCAUUCGAAGAGCCUUCAAAAUCGAAUAGCGAUGAGGGUCUUGAGAUCGCGAAGCUUGGGAUUUCUCAGGAUAUUGUCUCUGCUUUGGAGAAGAAAGGAAUCACCAAGCUUUUCCCCAUUCAGAGGGCUGUGUUGGAACCUGCUAUGCAAGGUCGUGAUAUGAUUGGUCGAGCCAGAACAGGAACUGGAAAAACUCUUGCUUUUGGGAUACCCAUCAUGGAUAAGAUCAUUCAGUUUAAUGCUAAACAUGGGCGAGGAAAGGAUCCUCUGGCUUUGGUUUUGGCGCCGACUAGAGAACUUGCGAAGCAGGUUGAGAAAGAAUUCUACGAGGCGGCGCCUAAUUUGGAUACUAUCUGUGUUUACGGGGGUACCCCGAUCUCUCAACAGAUGAGGCAGCUUGAUUAUGGUGUUGAUAUAGCGGUUGGUACGCCUGGACGAAUUAUUGAUCUUCUUAAUAGAGGUGCUCUAAAUUUGAAAGAAGUUCAGUUUGUUAUUCUUGACGAAGCCGAUCAGAUGCUUCAAGUUGGAUUCCAGGAAGAUGUGGAGAAGAUAUUGGAGAGAUUACCCGCUGAGAGACAAACUCUCAUGUUCUCUGCAACAAUGCCAACUUGGAUAAAGCAGUUAACACGCAAUUACCUGAAAAAUCCUCUAACCAUUGAUCUUGUUGGAGAUUCUGAUCAGAAGCUGGCAGAUGGAAUUUCACUGUACUCGAUUCUAUCUGAUGCGUAUGUCAAAGCAGGAAUUAUUGUUCCUCUAAUUAAAGAACAUGCAAAAGGAGGAAAGUGUAUUGUUUUCACCCAAACAAAACGUGACGCUGAUCGAAUAUCACAUGGCAUGUCAAAAAGUAUUCCAUGUGAGGCAUUGCAUGGAGAUAUAUCACAAAUCCAGAGAGAAAGGACGCUUGCUGGCUUCAGAAAUGGCCAUUUUAAUGUUUUAGUGGCAACUGAUGUUGCUUCACGUGGGCUCGAUAUACCUAAUGUUGAUCUUGUUAUUCAUUAUGAACUUCCCAAUAAUUCAGAGAUAUUUGUUCACCGAUCUGGACGAACUGGUCGUGCUGGUAAGAAAGGAACUGCUAUUCUUGUUUAUACACAAGAUCAAUCCAGGACUCUUAGGACUAUUGAGCGCGAUGUAGGCUGUAAAUUUUCAGAGUUACCAAAGAUUGCCGUUGAUACUGCAUCACUGGGCGGAUUUAGUGGUGGCGGCAGAUUUGGUGGUGGUGGUGGAUUUGGUGGUGGCGGUGGUGGCCGAUCUGGUUCUUUUGGUGGUGGCCGUUCUGGAGGCUACAGUAAUUCAGGCGGGUUUUCUGGUUCAAGACAAUCUGGAGGGGGUUUUUCUGGUGGAUCAAGCUCAUAUGGUGAAAAUAGAUAUGGCGGAUCAAGCUCUGGUCGUUUCGGCUCCUUCGGUUCAGGUGAUUCAGGCAGUAGAUCUGGUGGAUCCUCUGGUGGAUUCAGCAAACAAGGUGGUUUUGGUGGAUUCGGUGGUGGUUCAGAUCGCUCUGGUGGAUUUGGUGGUGGUUUUGGAGAUUUUGGGUCGGGUAAACCUGGCGCAUUUGGUGAUCGUCGUGGCAGAGAUUAGAAUGAUAGAAAACCAUUUUAACUUAAUGAAAUAUCAUAAUAUCACCAUCAUUUCUUGAUGGUUUUAGUUUUUGUAAAGUUUUUUGUUCUUUGAUUUCCUCUAAAGUUUACUGGCAUGUCGGCUUGUGGCCGAAUCCCUAUCACUGGAUUGGAGAAGGGUAUAACGUAAGAAACACAAGUUCACUCGGCCAUAUUUUUGUUCAGCUUCAGCCGUAUUAUAUCGUGCUUCCAUCUAUCAAAAAGGAUAGAAAGAAGGGUUUUGGAGGCAAGCUUUAUCAAGAAAUGGGCAGAUGAAACUCUUAGAAAGUUGUAGGGUGUUCUACUAUUCUAUUUUAUAAGAAAGAUUUGUUAAAAGAGAACUCUCAUCUAUUAUGUAAUAUCUACCUAUUAUUAAUUAAUUUGUUUUUUGCCCGCCCA